AAAAAAUCGCGAAACUGUCUGUAGCGGAAGGACACGGAGGUGGUGCACGUGCUUUCGCAGCUCUCUUACGUUACCUUCCUAAAUUCUCUACACGGCCGCGGUCGGAAUUGGAUAAAUAGGGAAGAUGGGAUGUAAGAUGAGAAGCAACCCAGUUUAAAAUACGUUACCAUCUUCAUUGUCGCGGUCAUUAGUACACCUCCCCUUCCCUACCCUUUCCCUACGCGGUGGCCUAUUUACAAGUACGUGGGUGGCUUAUAUAAACGUGUUUAUACCAUCUCCUCGCUCUUCCGUAUCCCGUUCGAGGCUGUUCGAUGCACACCGUGCACGCAUAAUGCGCGUUUCGUCCUCCGUUCGCGCGCAUUUUGUCGUCGAGUGACGUGAGGAAGAGAGAGAGAGAGAGAAAGGAUAAAGUGCAGGAAGCUAAAUUUGCGUAUAUUCCUCCGUGUUGAAUCGAAAAUCAACGAUGCCACGUUCGACGAUCGUGCGGUGUAACGUGCUCGUUCUUCUAUAUUGUACUCUGCUGUUCGGAGAUGCAUCGGGCUUGUUCAGCACGGCGCCGCACAUAAUCGUCUUCAUGGUCGAUGACUUGGGAUGGAACGACGUCGGUUUCCACGGCUCGAAUCAGAUCCCGACUCCGAAUAUAGACGCCUUGGGCUAUAACGGAAUUAUACUCAAUAGGCAUUACGUUUUGCCAUCUAGCACACCUUCUAGGACCGCCUUCUUCACCGGGCAGUACCCGAUACGUUUGGGUAUGCAGGGAGAAAGUAUACGGGGUGGUGAGCCCAGAGGACUACCUCUCAAUAUAAAGAUCUUGCCGGAGUACCUGCGAGGCUUAGGAUACACGACGAAACUGAUCGGGAAAUGGCACUUGGGGUACUACACGCCUCAGCACAUCCCCAUACAUCGAGGUUUCGACGCGUUCUUCGGCUUCUACAAUAGUCACGUUUCGUACUUUGACUAUAAAUAUUCAUAUCAGAAUAUGAGCGGAUACGAUAUGCACCGUGGAGACAACCCGGCUUAUGGUUUGAACGAUAGAUACGCGACGGAUCUGUUCACCGACGAAGCGAUGAAGAUCAUUCAGCAUCACGAGCCGCCCUGGCCUCUUUAUCUCCAAAUUUCACAUCUCGCCGUUCACGCGCCCAUCGAGAGCCCGGAAGAUUACCAUCAUAGCGACGACCAACGCUUCAAGCACAUCCGAGAAGUGAAUCGUCGCAAGUAUGCCAGGAUGCUGUCGCGAUUAGACGAGUCCGUUGGACGUAUCGUUCACACCUUGGGCAAUCGGGGGAUGCUGAAGGACUCGUUGAUCCUUUUCCUCACCGAUAACGGUGCGGCGCCUAUCGGCAAGUUUCGCAAUUGGGGCUCCAAUUAUCCCUUGCGAGGCAUGAAAUAUACGCUGUAUGAGGGAGGCGUGAGAGGAGUCGCCGUACUUUGGUCGCCAAGAUUGCGCAAGGCGGCGCGUGUGAGCAACGAGCUGGUGCACAUAACCGACUGGCUACCGACCUUCUAUUCGGCUGCUGGCGGUGACCUGAAAGAUCUGGGAGAGAUCGACGGGGUCGACCAGUGGCGAAUGUUGAGCGAAGGCCAUCCAGAAGUCAGGCAGACGCUCUUACUGAACAUCGACGAGGUCUCCAAGACCGAAGGCGCCAUAUACAAAUCGUUCAAGCUUCUUCGGGGUUCGUUCGAAGGCGGACAUUACGACGGACAUUAUGGCGAUUCCGGGAGAUUCGUGCCCAUUGAGAUUAAGAAGAGCAACGAAGAGGUCGAAGUGCUAUCGUACACCGACACCGUGCUGAAGAGUCUGGUGUCGCAGAGUAUCACUUAUCACCUGGGUGGGCCUGUCACUCAACCCAGCACGAUGAAUCAAUUGCGACUGGAGGCCACGAUCUAUUGCCGGCGCAAUAUCAGCUACUACAACAGCUUUAUCACUUGCAACGUCACCGACUGUCUCUUCGACAUUAACAAUGACCCUUGCGAGACAAAGAACAUCGCUCAUCAAUAUGUCAGGAUCGUCCGGGAAUUGGACCUGUUCCUGGUGCAGUACGCGCAGAAUGUCACCAGGCAGGCAACGGUGCAUCUGGACUGGCCGGCCGAUCCGAGGAGGACGAACAACACGUGGGAGCCGUGGAUGAUUCCCGGUGAAUUCUACGCGUACAACACGGCGGCUCACUUGAUCCAUCUAGCAUAUUGCGUCCACAUCGGAAUCAUUCUCGUGACAGUCGCUUUUAUUUGAACAAUUGCUCGUGGAACGCUUUUAUUUGAGCAAUUGCACGUUUAUUCGAGCAUUGUGCGAAUACACGAGGAAACUCGGUCGAAGGUAAUUCGCCGAGUAGUUAUCGCGCGAUUAUCUGAAAUUUCAAACAGUAACCAUCGAUGAUCGAUCUUUAACAGCGUUCAUUAUCAGCGUUAAACACAUAGGAUGGGCCAGAGCGACUAUCUACUAUGAUUUUCUCGAGAACGGCGGCCGUUUUAUUCUCAAAAAGUCACGCAUCUACCUAUGGAUCGAAGAGAGAACUAUGUAUAUCUGAUAAAUUGCGUGAAAUUGAUCUUUAGGCAAAUAAUUACAAAACACAAUGCGGCUAUAUGUUAAACUGUCUUGAUAUUCUGAGAGAGAUCAUUUUGCUCGUCAUUAUGCGAUAUCACGGUAGAAUUAUAGUCGAGUUUUUAUUCGUUUGUCAUUCAUUCUCUAUUUAUCUGGAAACUAUAUUUACAUUACGAAAGACAAUUGCCGUGCGUAUAUGUGAUAAAAUGAAAUAAAAUAAUAUUUUUCACGCGUUUUUUUUCUGCGAAUUCUCGCGAAAAUAUGUUGCACCAGAAAAGUCGAGCUUCCGGAGCUAUCUGAUUACAAUUGGCGAAUUGACUUUCUCUCGUGUCCCUAAUUUCUAAUACGACAAGAAUCGACAGCCGUAAAAUCACGCUGCUAACAAGAUAUGUAAAUAAAACCUGCAUUCAAGUUCGUUUUGCCUUACUUGUUACUUGCGCACGUUAUAAAGUUGAUUACGUAAACGCGAUGAGAGAAGAACUGAUCCUUCGCCGAAUUACCUCUUCGUGUCGGAAUGCUAUUGAAUUUUCCUGGUGUUUCUCACGUGCUUACGAAAUUUGGAUCUUACUCUGGCUUUCAUCGGAUUAAUUAGUUGUCAACGAAACUAAGCCACGUCAUGUGAAAAAUACAUACAUUAUUACGCUUUUA